CGCCCGCCCCUCGGAGGCUCCAGGUGAGGCGGUGGGACCUCGGUGCCCGGGCAGGGGCCGGGCCCGGGGCCGGGGCGCCAUGGCCGAGUCCCAGCUGAGCUGCCUGGACGAGGCCCACGUGAACCAGAGGGUGACCGAGGCGCAGGCCGCCUUCUACUACUGCGAGCGGCGGCGGGCCGCGCUGGAGGCGCUGCUCGGCGGCGGCGAGCAGGCCUACCGCGAGCGGCUCCAGAAGGAGCGGCUGCGGGACUUCCUCUCCAGCCAGGAGCGCCAGGUCCUGUGCACCGCCUGGAGCCCCUACGAGGACGCCACCGCCGCAGCCCCCGCCGUCCGAGGCAAGAGCAAGAGCAAGGCCAAGGUCCCGGCUGAACCCUGCGAGUCCCUGGCCUACUGGCCGGACCGCUCCGACACCGAGGUGCCCCCUCUGGACCUGGGCUGGACGGACGCUGGCUUCUACCGCGGCGUGAGCCGAGUCACUCUCUUCACCCACCCCCCCAAGGAGGAGAAGGCGCCCCACCUCAAGCAGGUGGUCAGGCAGAUGAUCCAACAGGCCCAGAAGGUCAUUGCUGUGGUCAUGGACCUCUUUACUGAUGGUGAAAUUUUCCAAGACAUUGUGGAUGCCGCCUCUAAGCGCCGGGUCCCGGUGUAUGUCAUCCUGGACGAGGCGGGAGUGAAGUAUUUCCUGGAGAUGUGUAAGAGCCUGGAGCUCGCUGACUUCCGUAUUCGGAACAUCCGCGUCCGCUCUGUGACAGGCGUCAGCUUCUACAUGCCCAUGGGCAAGAUCAAGGGGACCCUGUCAUCGAGGUUCCUGAUGGUAGAUGGUGACAAAGUAGCCACUGGAUCCUACAGAUUCACCUGGAGUUCCUCCUACGUGGACAGGAACCUUCUCCUCCUCCUGACGGGGCAGUAUGUGGAGCCCUUCGAUGUGGAGUUCCGGGAGCUAUACGCCAUCUCCGAAGAAGUGAACUUGUUCCAGCAGCUGGGCCUGGCAGGAGGCGCCAACCGACUUGGCCUCAGCCACUCCUCCACCGUGGCUCGCAAGUUGAUCAACCCCAAGUACGCCUUGGUGGCAGGCAGCCGCCACCCACCAGGGGAGAUGAUGCGCUGGGCUGCCCGGCAGCAGCAGGAGGCUGGUGGCGGCCCAGAGGGGCAGGAGGAGGGCAGCGGAGGUGGCGAGUCGGCUCGGUGCCUGGAGAGCUUCCUGAAUGACCUGGUUACUAUACAGCAGGUGUUGCCCCCCGUGGAUCCCAUUCCCUCCACAGAUCUGAGCCGGAAGGAUGACAGGAUGACCUCUCACAUGCACACAGACCUGAAGCUCAAAUCCCGAGAGGCAGUUACCCAAAAUGGCAAGGGAGAUGCCGCCAACGGGAGCACCACCGCAGCCAAGGAGGGCAAGCGCUUCAGCGGUAGCAGGUUCUUCAGUCGCCGGGCCAAGAGGCCUGCAGCCCCCAACAGCAGGGCCAGCUCCCUCUCCACCGAGACCUGCACCGACGUGGAGUUUCUGAUGGGGAAGAGGCCCAACGAGGGUUCCAGUGCCAAUGUCUCAGGUAAAACAAGUCCCAGUCCUGCCAAGUCCAGCAAAUGUGUUAUUUCCUGAGCUGCAGAACCUGUGGAUGUCCACCUGUCCCGUCCUGUGCCCUGGAGGACACAGGCUGCAGCCUGCACCAAUUUGCACAUCAGACCUCACCAACCUCCCACCCGCAGCCUCCAUCUGGGCCUCAGGGCCUGAAUCCAGAUGGGAGAGUCCCAAGACUUUCAAGACCAUCAUGUGCCUCCAGACUGUGGUGGCCAAGCCAGGAGGGGUCACUGCUGCCUUGUUUACAUGAAGAGGAAACUUGCCCAGAGUCUGCUCUCCUUUACGCUGGCCCCUCUCUCCAUCGGGUCAGCCCUGCCCCACAUGUCCCUGGGUGGGGCAAGGGUCAUGUCUUUAUGCCCUACUGGGACGAAGUCUCCAGGGCAGCCCCAGCUGCCCAGUGUCUCUUUCCCUGGGCUUCCUGUCACCCUAACAGGAAGAACAGGGUUCUGAGCCAGGGGUCCCAGUUCCAGUCUUGGUGCAGCCUUAGAACUACAGGUGGGAGAUACAUCUGGGACAGUUGGGGUGCUGGCUGCGGUGGCCCUCCUAGCCUAGUCCUACACUGGGCUCUGAAGGGGACAGAGAGGAAGACAUCAGCCUCCCACAACCAAUGGCAGUUUUGAACCCUGUCCAUGCGAAAGUCCCUUCCCCUCCCCAACUGGGAAGACUGGGCCUGGUACCCCAGGCCUCCUGGACAGGUGCCUGCUGCAGCCCCUCCAUGGGGUUCUUAGAGGGCCUGGCCUGGGCCUCCCUUCAAUAUGCCUGGGUUUGCAGUCAAUGAAGGGAGAGGGAGGGCCCCAGGUGAUGGGGAACUGGACUCUAAGGACAAGAGCAUUUGCCUUCCUCUCAGAUGUCAUUGGUCCCUCCAAAAACUAGCCUUAGCCUCCUGUGACAUGUCAGGCUGUGCUCAGCAGCCUUGUCCUCCCCAAGGCAGGUGGCCCCUGCCACAGUGCUGGGCCAGGGCACCCAGUACACCAUCCCACACUGCCCCUCUCUGGGGACUGGUAGGGACUGAGGAAACAUGUGAAAGAACAGGGGAGAAAGUGCCCAACUGCAGAGUCCAGGUAGGCAGUGUGAUGGAAGGUCAAGGGCUGACGGCCCCAUGAAAGACCACAGGGUAGCCUUUCUUGGCCUCUGACCUCCAACCCAAACCUUGUCCCAUUCCUUCUGAAGUACCCUGGAUGCCACCAGAACAGGGGGCCGGGGUAGAUGUCUGCAAGGUGGCUGAUAAGAGCAUGCAGGGGCUCACUGGGCCACAGGAGUAAAGGUGACACACAGCAACCUGUGCAGAGAGUUCUGCCUGCCUGGCAGUGGAGAGGGAGAGGAGGGCGAGCCUGACCCAGGCUCUCUGUCAGUCCUGAGGUUGGCUUCCAGGGGUGGGGGAGGGGACCCCUGCCAGCCUCCCAGAGGUUUUGUGAGGUUUCAAAAUUUCUGGAAAGUGCUUCCUUAUGCACCAAGGCCUGACCAUGUGGCAUCUCAUUCUGCAGAGCAGGGCAGAGGGCAGGGGUGAUGUGGGCAGCAGAGGCCACACCUCAGCUCCAAGUGAUCCCCUUGGGGUGUGGAACACAAGAUACCUAAGCAAGCAGCACAGUCAGGCCUGUGCCUCCCCAGGAGGGAAGCUGGCCGGCUUACAGUUCUUUCUUUCCCUCAAGCAGGCCCAGGUUUCUCCUCUGCCCUGACAUCGAGCAGGGUCCCUGUGGAAGUUCCAAGUCACUGCAGUCACUGCAGCCUAGAGCCAGGCCCUCCUUUCUGCCUCAGUUUCUCUAUGUGCCAAGGUGGGGCUUAAAGAACUAAGGGGAAACCAUAUGUUGAAGAGGAAGUGACUCAGUGGGUGGCAGAGUGCUGACUCACAAGUCAGGGCCCUCCCCUUCUAGCCUGUACCUCAUCCUUACAGAGGGCUGGGUGAGAUGGUCUCUGGUCCCCUCCAGCUCUGAAAAUGCUCAGUAAACAAUAGAGCAGAGAUGGCCAAGGACUGUGACGUCAUGAAAUGCUGCUCUUGGGUCUGCUUGUCUGCCUAAGCUUCAGCCCACUCUGUUCUGCUCCUGGCAUCUCCGUUUUGGGUGUGUCUGCCCUCUCUUCCAGCACUUGUAUAUAUUCUGUGAACUAUUCUCUCACUCAGCACCUCUUAAGAGGACAUCCGGCCUUCCCAGCUGGGUGCAGGCUCAGGGGUGGAUGGUGCCCUUGGACCCUGCACAGCGGCUUCUGAAGGCUGGCAGCACCCCACAAGGGCUAUAGAAGGGCCUUGCAUGUCAGACUCUGGCUGUACAGCCCCCAACCCCCAGGCUGCCGUCUCCCCUCCAACUCCAGAGUCUGCAGGUUAAGGAUUAACAGCUAGAGCAGCUCUGGGGAAGGCAGCCUCCUGGUGAGCCAAAUCCCUGGUGUGGCUACCACCCUGGCUUCUGUCCCAUGAGGGUAAGAAGCCCAGCUUCUAUAUGGGGUUGGUAGACUGUCCCUUGACCUGUGGCACCUGUGUCAGCUAUCUAUCCUCGGGCUAUGGUUAGUCCUACUUCUGAUCUCUCAAGGUCAUUCCAAGACGGUCUACCUGUAUAGAACUUUCUAUAAAGACUAAACAAGAAAGGAGACCUAGACCAGGAGGAAGAGGUUUGGGGGGAGUCAGUUCUUUAUCGCCCCCUACCACUCUGCUUUUCUCUUUUAUUAAAUGCCUGCUAUAUGCCAAUCACUGUGCUAGGUGAUUUAGGAACAUGCAGGUCUCAAACUAAGAAUAGCUCAGGAAAGAGGUCUUUUCAAAGUCAUCAAAUACUUCUCAUGUGUUUUUGGGGCACGAGCCUCGUAAGGUUGUAUGGUGAGCCACGUGAGAGGUGUCAUCACCACUUCUCAGAUGAGGUACACCACUCUCCCAAGUCCCACAUCACAUAAAAUGCAGAUCCGAGUCUGCACCCCAAGCUCUGACUCUCAGCACUAAUGACACUUUGGAGCUGCCAAGUCCUGUGUUUGGGGAGGGGCCGUGGUAGGUACUGCAGAGUGUGAGACACCUGCUGCAUGCCAAAGUGUCUCCAGAUGUUACCCAAUGCACCGGGUAGGGGGUGUAAAUCCCCUCAGUUUAAGGCCCCUGCUUUCUACUUUGUGGCCCCAGCAGCCACAGAUGGCUUCUUGGAAGCAUUUCCAAGUCUCUCUGCCCUCCUAUCUUAGAGUGCUCGUCAGAGGUUGGCUGACGGGCCUGAGAUUUUGACUUUUGGGACAGAUCUGUGCAGCCCUGUCCUAGUUCCCUCACUUAGCUCUUCACUGCCAUGUCCUCCCCGGAGCGGUUGUGCUUCUGUACACACAUCUGCCUCCCUCCACUCAGGCUUCUGCCCAAUCUGCUCCUCUUCCUUCGGUCUCACCUACAACCCACAUGGAAAGUGCCCUGGGGUGUGCCUGGUUUGCCCAGCAGUGGUCCUGUUCCAAAAGCAGCCAGGGCUGACAGCAAGAGAACCUCCAAACUCAAAUCAGGCCAAGGAAUUGCUACCUGGCUGUCACGACCAUAUUCUGAGUAAACAUCAACAAAGCCCACUCUGUAGCUAAUUAGCCCCGCCAUGCUCUGGGUUCAGUUUAUCGCCUGGCGUACGGCGCUGUGCCACACUCACGCCUUCCUGCCCAAGAGGCAGAGGCUGUCAUUGGUCAUCUGCAUUGCUGUUCCAGCUGUGCAAGCUUUGCCACAGGACAGACACCCUGAGCUCAGUAAGUGGAGCUUGACCAAGGCUGGGAGCAUGGGCAUCUUAGACAAAGGUGGGAGAAGGGUGCCAACGUGAGUGUUCUUAAGCUAAUUGCAAGGUCAGCUCGAAGACUUCACAGGCAUGAACUUCAAGGCUUCUCCUCUCCCACCUGUGGAGCAAGGCAGGUACCAUGUGCUACAGUCAAGCAUCAUAGGUACCCAUUCUUCCUUGGGGCGCCUGAACCUGGAGAACAGGUUUUCCAGGCCCAGGGACUUCAUCUGUCUAGCUCACUGUUGGAAUGCAGUAUUUGCUUCAUCCUAUUUGUUAAAAGACUGAGGACUCGACAGUCACCGACAACAGAAAAUAAGCCAGCCUAACAAACUGGGGAAGCAUCACCAGCUACAAUGGCGCUUGUGUGUUAUCUCGACUGCCCAGGAGGCUGAGACAGGAGGAUCACAAGUUCAAGGCCAGCCUGGGACACUUAGUGAGACCCUAUCUCAAAAAAUACAACUCAAAAAGGGCUGGGGAUGUAGCUCAGGAGUAAAGCAUUUGUUGGACAUGUAUGAGGCUCUGGAUUCAAAUCUCAGUACUAAGUAAAUAAAUGGGAGAUUUGGAAGUUUCCAGAAUCAAUCAUGAUCCUUUCAGUCUUGUUCCUGAUUUGCUACAAUGUACAUGAAGUCAAAUGAGAACCUGUUGUUUGCUACUUAAUUUCUUAAGGAUUGGACUUAGCUAGAGUCCCUCCUCUAGGAGGGUUUCUUCUUUCACUGAGUGUCCUAAGU